AUGAAUAAGAAAAAGAAAAGUGUGUAUCAGCAAACCCAAGCACUUCUGAGUAAGAAUUUUCUUAUGAAAUGGAGGAUGAAAAGACUGAGCUUGUUGGAAUGGUGCGUCCCAGUACUUUUAGGAAUGUAUAUGGGUCUAUUUUCAUAUUUCAGACAAAAUGUUCAUAUUCCUGAAGUACCUUCUCAGAAUCUGGGAAGGGUAGAUGAAUUUAAUAAUUCUUAUAUGACAUUUGUGUACACACCAGUUUCUGAUAUAACCCAGCAAAUAAUUAAUAAAACAGCAUCUGCUCCCUUUUUGAAAGGAAUAAAAUUCAUUGGGGUACCAGAUAAAAAUUCCAUGGAAACAGUAAUUGAAGAAGAUGCCUUGUUCAUUGUGGCAAUCAUUUUUGAAGACAUUUUCUCUUAUAAGCUAAAGUUUCGUCAGGGACUUGAAAUUCCUUAUCUGAGAGAAGAAGAUUUCUCAGCUUAUUGCUGGGAAAGUUUCUAUGAUUUUUCAUGUACACAGAGUCACUAUUGGAGCAGAGGAUUUGUGAGUUUACAAUCUGCCAUUAAUGCUGCUAUUAUUGAAAUCACAACAAAUCACUCUGUGAUGGCGGAGUUAAUGUCAGUUACUGGUAUAAACAUGAAGAUACUACCUUUUAUUUCUAAAGAUAUAUUUCAAAAUGAGUCGUUUAUUUUCUUCUGCUUGGUUUAUUUCUCCUCUUUCAUAUAUUUUGCAUCGCUCAAUGUUACAAAAGAAAGAAAAAAGUUUAAGGAUUUAAUGAAAAUGAUGGGCCUACAAGACUCAGCAUUCUGGCUCUCCUGGGGUUUAAUCUAUGUUGGCUUCCUCUUCAUUUUCUCCAUGUUAAUUACAAUUGUCAUAACAUCUCAACAAAUCAUAGUCAUGACGGGCUUCAUGACAAUAUUCACGCUCUUUUUUCUAUAUGGCUUGUCUUUGAUAGCGUUAGUGUUCCUGAUGAGCGUGCUGCUGAAGAAAAGUUCCCUCACCAGUUUAGUUGUGGUUCUCCUGACGCUCUUUUGGGGGUCUGUGGGGUUGACGGUAUUACACAAGCAACUUCCAUCAUCGCUGGAGUGGAUUCUGAGUAUCUGUAGUCCCUUUGCCUUCGUUGCUGGGAUGGCUCGGAUCAUCCAUGUGGAUUAUAACAUGAAUGAAGCAAUGUCUCCCGAUUCUUCUGGAGACUCAUAUAUAAUGAUGGGAACUUUCUCAAUGCUGGCUUUUGAUGGUCUUUUCUACUUGGUACUGACAUUAUACUUCGACAGAAUCUUACCCUAUGGAAAGGAGCGCCGCUAUUCGCUAUCAUUUUUCCUGAGAUCAUGGAAUUGCUUCCAAUACCAAAGCACUAAUAAUAAGUUCACUGAGAAAGAAACAGAUUCUGAGCCCACCAUUAAUGAUUAUUUUGAACCAGUAGCUCCAGAAUUCCAAGGAAAAGAAGCCAUCAGAAUCAGAAAUCUUAAAAAAGAAUAUAAAGGAAGGUCUGGAAAAGUGGAAGCAUUGAAAGGCAUAUUCUUUGACAUAUAUGAAGGUCAGAUCACAGCAAUUCUGGGUCACAGUAGAGCUGGCAAGUCUUCACUCCUAAACAUUCUUAAUGGAUUGUCUGUCCCAACAGAAGGAUCAGUUACCAUCUAUAAUAGAAACCUCUCUGAAAUGCAAGAACUGGAAGAAAUCCAAGAGAUCAUUGGAGUUUGUCCUCAAGUCAAUGUUCAGUUUGAUAUACUUACUGUGAAGGAAAAUCUCAGGCUGUUUGCAAAAAUAAAAGGAAUACAAGCACAGGAAGUAGAGAAAGAGGUGCAGAGCAUUUUAUUGGAAUUGAACAUGCAAAACAUCCAGGAUAACCUUGCUCAACAUUUAAGCGAAGGACAGAAGAGAAAGUUGACCUUCGGGAUUGCCGUUUUAGGAGACCCUCGGGUUUUGCUGUUAGAUGAACCAACUGCUGGGUUAGAUCCCUUUUCCAGGCAUGAAGUGUGGGACUUCCUGAAGGAACGCAAAUCAGACCGCGUGAUCCUCUUGAGUACAAGUUUCACCGAUGAAGCUGACAUUCUGGCUGACAGAAAAGUGAUCAUGUCCGAUGGGAGACUGAAAUGUGCGGGCUCUUCGCUCUUUUUGAAGAGAAAAUGGGGUCUUGGAUAUCACUUAAGUUUGUACAGAAAUGAAACAUGUGAUCCAGAAAAGAUAACAUCCUUCAUUAAACAUCACAUCCCUGAUGCUACAUUAAAAACAGAAAGCAAAGACAAGCUUGUGUACACAUUACCUUUGCAAAGGACCAGUGUGUUUCCAGAUCUUUUCAGUGACCUAGAUAGAUGCUCUGACCAAGGGGUGGUGAAUUAUGAUGUUUCCAUGUCAACUCUAAAUGAAGUCUUGAUGAAACUGGAAGGGCAAUCAGCUGUGACGCAAGAUUUUGAACAAGCAGAGGUGACAGGAGAUCCUGGAAGUCUACAAGAAAUGGAGCUGGCGUGCUCUUCUCUCUCUUCAAUGCAGAAGACUAGUAGUGACAUGGCUCUCUGGAGACAGCAAGUCUGUGCAAUUGCAUGGCUCCGUUUCUUAAAGCUAAAACGUGGAAAGAGAACACUUCUAACCCUACUAGUGGUACUUGGAAUAGCAAUGCUGCCUUUGAUUGUGGAAACGAUAGUUCACAUCAUGUUAAGUGAAAAUGGCAAUUUGGAAUUUAAACCUGAGUUGUAUUUCCUGUCUCCUGGACAACUUCCCAAGGAGCCCCAUACCAGCUUACUGGUCAUCAACAACACAGAAUCAAAUAUUGAAGAUUUUAUACACUCACUGAAACAUCAAAACAUAGUUUUGGAAGUAGAUAGCUUUCAAAAUAGGAAUGGCACUGAAGACGUCUCAUACAAUGGCGCUAUCAUAGUUUCGGGUAAACAGAAGGAUUAUAGAUUUUCAGUGGUGUGCAAUACCAAGAGGCUUCACUGCUUUCCUCUGCUUAUUAAUAUCGUCAGCAAUGGGCUACUUGGAAUGUUUAAUCUUACAAAAUACAUCCGAAUCGAAAGGGCGCCUUACCCCGGAAAGUAUUUAUCAGUGGUGACUGAGCUGCCAGAGGGAUCAAUAUUCUUGUUUUUUAUUGUGUGCAGCAUUGUCCCGCACAUUGCCAUGAGCAGCGUCAGCGAUUACAAAAAUAAAGCUCAUUCCCAGCUAUGGAUUUCGGGCCUUUAUCCUUCUGCUUAUUGGUUGGGACAAGCACUGGUAGACAUUAACCUCUACAGUUUGAUUCUCUUUUCAACGUAUCUAUUUUAUUACACAACUGACAAAUUAAGCUUUCAUGCAACAAGUCGAAUUGUGUUUGCUAUGAUUGUGACGACACUUGGUUAUGCUGCUUCUAUUGUCUUCCUGACUUAUGUGAUAUCAUUUAUUUUUCACAAGAGGAGAAAAAAUAACACCCUCUGGUCAUUUUGUUAUUAUCUGAUCAUGAUCAUCGUAUUUGACAUCAUUUUCCGAGUGUACACCAUUAUACCAUUCCUGAUUUUCUGUAUGACAUUAGUGCCCCAAAUUAACCUGGGUGGAUUUGUAAUGUUUUUAACAGAGCGGUUCUUUCAGCAUUACCUUACAUCUAAAAAUUUGGAUUACGACAUGGAUGACGUUGAUCUUCUACUCUGCUUAAUUCCUUACUUUCAAGUUAUGUUUUUCCUGUUUGUUCUAAGAUGCCUGGAAAUGAAGUAUGGAAAGAAAAUCAUACGAAAAGACCCUGUUUUCAGAAUUUCUCCCCAAAGUAGAGAUAGUCAACCAAAUCCCGAGGAACCUCUGGAUGAAGAUGAAGACGUUCAAGCAGAAAGAAUAAGAGCAGCAAAUGCCUUGACUAGUUCAAAUAUUGAUGAGAAACCUGUCAUCAUUGCCAGCUGUCUACACAAAGAAUAUGCAGGCAAGAAGAAACGGUGCUUUUCCAAGAGAAAGAAGAAAAUAGCUGCAAGAAAUAUCUCUUUUUGUGUUCAUGAAGGUGAAAUUCUGGGAUUGCUAGGACCCAAUGGUGCUGGUAAAAGUUCAUCUAUUAAAAUGAUAGCAGGAAUCACAAGGCCAACAGCUGGAAAGGCGGAAUUAAAAGGAUUCAGUUCAGGUUGGGAUUACCAGGUAGACAACGAGGUCAAGUUUCUGGGGUACUGUCCUCAGAAGAACGCGCUGUGGUCCACCCUCACGGUGAGGGAACACCUGGACUUGUAUGCAGCUGUGAAAGGGCUGAGGAAAGACGAUGCCAAGGCUGCCAUUACACGAUUAGUGGAUGCUUUCCGACUGCAGAAGAUGCUGAAUGUGCCAGUGUGGAAAUUAACAGCAGGCACCAGUAGAAUGUUAUGCUUUGUGCUGAGCCUCCUGGGAAACUCACCUGUGAUGCUUUUGGAUGAACCAUCUAUAGGCCUGGAUCCCACCAGGCAGCAACAACUGUGGCAGGCAAUCCAGACUUCUGUUAAAAACUCCAAAAAGGGGGCUCUCCUGAUCACACAUUACCUGGAUGAGGCUGAGGCUGUAUGUGACCGUGUGGCUAUCAUGGUAUCUGGGAGUCUCAGAUGCAUUGGCCCCAUCCAACACCUGAAGAGGAAGUAUGGCAAGGAUUAUAUUCUAGAACUCAAACUGAAGGAAACUUCUGUAGGGACUCUGGUACACAUGGAGAUUCUGAAACUUUUCCCGCAGGCUGUACGGCAAGAAAGGUCCUCCUCUUUCUUGUCCUAUAAACUACCUGUGGCAGAUGUUCAUCCACUAUCUCAAGCAUUUUACAGAUUAGAGGAAGUGAGACAUAACUUUAAUGUGGAAGAAUACAACCUCUCUCUGUGUACACUAGAUCAGGUAUUACUGGAACUUUCUAAAGAGCAGGAGCUAGCAGACUCUGAUGAAGAAGUUCAUACAUCCAUGAGAUGGAAACUUCUCUCUUAUUCUGAUGACCCUUAA